AUGACUAUUUCAAAUAAAUUUGGAUGUCUUUCAAUUAUCCAUCCAAGUGUAUUAUUACUUAUUCCUCUAGUGUUAUUCAAUACAACUAGCGCCAGUUUGCAGAUUAUACCGCAUUUCACCAGCCUACCUCCAUCUAUCUCACAAUUUGUAUAUCCAUCAACCGAUGGUACCAGUUUCCCACCACUUGAACUUGUAUGUCGAGCAUGGCCACCUAAUUCUAAGCUGCAUAUUUUGGCCCAACAAUUGACAUCUCCAGGAUUCACUGAUCCAACAUUUGGUGCAAAUCCUAUUGUUUCUACUUCAUUAAUUUCUGUCAAUCCUAAUCAUCAUAGUAAUAAUAAUAACAAUAAUAAUAAUGGAUUAAUGCAAUUACCUUAUGGUCUUGGCAGUCAACGAUAUGCUAUUUUAUCCUCUACACAAAUCACUAACUCUUAUCAACCAAAUUUAGAUGGUACUAUUUCUGGUAAUAGUGGUUAUCAGUCAGUUAAUCCAUUGAUUAUUCAUGAAACUUUAACUGAUGCAAUUCGUGACAAUCCUGCAGCUGGAUCUCAUGACGAAGUUGCUAUUCGUCUUAUAGUUUCUAGUCAAUCAGAAUUAAGUCAAAUGGAAUUAAUACGGUUGCACUGCUUAGCUACUACUUCGUUUGGUCGUAAAUUAAGUGCACCAUUCCGUGUGCUUCCUGCUAGUUUGGGUUCAUUUCCAACUCCUAGAAGUGGUGGACCAUCUUCAUCUCAUACUGAAAAUGUUGAAUUUCUACGAGGGAAUAUUGCUAUUGUUGACUGUUAUUUGCCAACUAAUAGUUUUCCUAAACCAUUAAUUGAAUUUGAAUUAAACAACACUGUUAUUGAUCUUACAGCUUCACAAAAUGAAAAAUACCGUCAAAUUACCCGUCCAGACGGGAAAAGAAUUAGUUUAUUAAUACAAAAUUUCCAACCACGUGAUUGUGGUAUCUAUCGUUGCGUGGCAAUCAAUCCAUUAACUAGAGAAAGGAAAUAUUCACCGGAUGCAGUGAAUUUAAAAAUUAUCAUCCCAGAUGUUCCUGUUGCCGGAAAAAUUCGUGUUCCUAUGGCGUCGGAAUCCAUAGAUCCUCGGAAUUCAGCAGCAUCCCAAGAAAUAGUCGUUCGAGAAGGUCAAAAUGUUACAUUGUUUUGUAUUAUUCAAAGUGCUCCACCUCCUAUUGUCACUACUUAUCCAUUUGAACAAAAUUCCACUGCACAUAACCGUUUUCAUCGACAUAAUUUAUUUGGAUUAUUGGAGAUAAUAAAUGUACACCCUAGCGAUGCUGGUAUCUAUAUUUGCACAAAUCGUCAAUUAAGUUCUACUGCUCAACUACGUGUUCGAAAACGUUUACGUUUAACAACAAAACCUCAAGAUGUACUAAUUAAUCAUUUCGGUGAAAGUGUUCAAUUCAAAUGUACAAGUUCAAAUGAACAAAUUCUACCAUAUUGGUUAUUUAAUGGACAACCAAAAAUUACAGGAAUUGGAAAAAGUGCCUACACUAAAAUUCAUGGUAAUCAUAAUACACUAACGAUAACUAAUGUUACUGUACAGGAUAUAGGAGUUUAUCAAUGUGUUGCACAUCGAUGGGAUCCUGAUCCAGAUCUAGAAGAAUGGGUAUCAGCAUCAGCUGUACUAGCAAUGAGUUCUGAUAAACUUAUUCGUACACCUCAAGAAUUAGCCUUAUUAUUGCCAACAUCGAAACAAGCAAUCAUGGAGGUGAAACCACCAGAAAUAAUCACCGAUAGUUUAACACCGAUUGCUGAACCAGUUUAUGAUAAUUUAGCAGUGUAUAUCACAUGGAAAGCAUAUACUAUCACUACUCCCAAUAAAUUGGAAACACAAACUCAUCAUGAUGGUGAUGAUGAUGUUAUCAGUAGCGAUAAUAAUAACAAUAAUAAUAAUAAUCCUGAUAAUAACGCUGGACAAAUUGCUUACCAUGUUGAAUAUUCCAUGCAAAUAAGUCCUGUUGAAAGACAAUAUAUCAAUUCUAAUCCAAAUAACAAUGUUGCUGAUAAUACCAAUAAUAAUAAUAAUGGUAGUAGUAAUAAUCAUAAUAAUAAUAAGCCAUCUUCUGAAUUAUCUGAUUUGCCUGCUUUAAUCGGAUUAAUUGGUCAUGAGGCUAUCCUGUGGAGUGAUCCAACCGCACUUAAUCAACAAUUUUCAUCGGCAUAUGCUUAUGCAACUGGUGAUCCGUUACAACCAGGCAGACGUUAUCGUUUUCGUGUCAUCGCUUUGGAUCCAUCUACUGGACUACAUUUAGUCCCACCAUCCGGUUGGUCAAAUAUAGUUAGUAUGGAGCAUAUUAGUCAAGUGGAACCACCACAAAUCAAAGUGGUCCGACCUAUGUCGGAAGGUCGAGUUCAUGUAGUAUGGAUGUUCAAUGGUGUUGGUGAUGUUCCUUCAAAUCCUAAUGAUUUAGGUAUCCUAUCCAAAUCAUCAAGCCCUUCAACUCAAAAUAAUAAUAAUAAUAAUAAUAAUGGUUUAUCACAAAAAGAUAAAUCAUCAGAAAUUACUUCUAAUUCACUAACUACUUUCGGUGAUACAACGCCAUUAUUUCUUAAAGAUUCAAAUAAUGAACAAUUUAUCGCUGAUCAUUUUCUUAUACUUGCACGACCUGUAAUUAAACCAAAACGUGGUUCCGGUGGUACUAUUGAAUAUGGUGCUUAUUGGGCUACACAAGUAAAUGGUUCUAAUGCUAGAGAUGGUUUAUUGACAGGUUUGAAUAAUACUGCAAAUUAUCAAAUUAUAGUUUAUGGAGUUAAAGGAACUGGUGACAACCGACAGAUUACACGUUUUUCUAAAGCAGUCUAUGUAAAUAUGGCUUCAACUGACUACACUGGUCGUUACAGUUUACUGGAUACUUUAAAUAAUAAUCGUUUAUUAUACAUAAUCUUGGGUGGUAUAGCCGGUGUAAUGUUUCUAGUCAUGUUCAUACUGAUCCUGUUGUGUUUAUGUCGUCAACAUCAAGAUCGUCGUACACAUAGUCAACGUAAAAAACAAAAUGGUUAUGUACACGGGUAUAAAGAUUCACCGGAUUUUCAUCAUACUAUUGAUGGAACAACUAGUGGAAUAAAUAAUCCCCAAUUAUCGCAUGGUAAUAUGAUAUCGACUAAUCAAAGUAAUAAUAAUAAUAAUAUAAACACAAAUAAUAAUCCUUCCGGUGCUCUCACUAUAACUCAUACUACUAACAAUAAUACUGCUCUUCCUCAUAGUAGUAGUACACAUGAUCAUCAAAUUAUUCCAUCAGGAACAAUGAUGAUGAUGAUGGGUAAUUUACAAUGUAGUGGUCUAUCGGAACAUUCAGCAUCAAAUAAUCCUGUACAAAAUGAAUUACAGCAUCAAAUGUACAUACAGCAACAACAACAACAACAACACCAAUCUGAUCAAUAUAAUUCCACUCUGGGCAUAUCUAAAGAGGCAGCGUAUCAACAACGUCAAGCUAUACUAGGAUCACAAUUACAAUUACAACAACAACCAUCAUCAUAUAUGACAAAUCAACCAUCGUUAUCGCAUCAUCAAUCACAUCAUUCUCUAUUACUUCCGUCUGCUGGUGGUGGUACCGGUAAUUCGAAUUAUCAUAUACUUUCUGGACAAAAUAAUAAUACUAAUAAUAGUAAUGUACUUUCACCAACAAUGUUUCAUAGUGGUACUUUACCAGGUGGUGGACCACGUUAUUUACGACAACAAUCAUGUAAUUCACAUUAUUUCGGUAGUCAACAACCAUUAGAUAGAAAUAUGGUUAGUCCAAAUGCAAUGGAAAUGACUGAACUAUAUCAUCAACAAUAUCAGAAUGGUUACGCUUAUCAACAACCACAAUUACCGCCGAUUCCACAUCCACAAUCAUCAUCAGGUCUACCACCCCCGUAUCCAACACCAUUGAGUAAUAAUGGGACCAUAAAUCGUCAAAUGGUGUUAAAUCAACAACAAAAUUUUUAUCCUUCUUCAAUGACACCUAGUGGUGGGGCUUCGUUAAAACGUGAACCUCCAACUGGCAGCGGUGGGGUCAGUGCUGGUGCACUACAGGAUGGAUCGGGUUAUGGGACAUUAGUCCAACGUGGUGGAGGUCCAUUAACUGCUUCCAUGAUGACUGACCCAUCAAUUAGUAGCGGUAUUAAUGGUGUACCAAUGAAUGCUGUUUAUUAUCGUGGCAGUCAGCAGGCAUUACAUAUGUACCCUAAUGGAAUGAGUACUCCUCAAUCUCAACAACAACAUCAUCAAGGUGGCGGUGGUGUAUAUCAAUCAAAUCAACAACAGGCAUUUUAUAUGCAACAACAAAUGCAACAUGCUCAAAUGUAUCCAGGUUAUUUUAGUCCACAGCCUCAGUCACAUUUCGAUUCUAUGGGACAUAUGCAUCAUAAUUUCAAUCAUACUGACGGCGAAUCAGUCUAUUCAUAUUUUAGCCAACAAGAUAUGAAUCAACCUGGUCCACACCAACAUUUAAAUCCAUUGCCUGAAGAAAAUCAACUAAAUCAAUGUGAAAAUGGUCCCGGUUACGUGGACUCUAGUAUUCAAACAGCUGAUAUGAAUGACGGGGGUGAUGGCACAACAGCGACGGCGGCAGUAGGCACGACUACAGAUCCUGGUACCGGCGGUAGUCCAGUCGCCGGUGGUGGUAGUCAUCGCCAUCAUCGUCGAAGGAGACGUAAACAGUCACAACAACAACAAUCCCAGUCAUUGUCACAACAACCCGCAGAUAUGUCGGAUACAUCAAGAAAUGUUGGUGUCGAUGAUCCCGCUACUUGUGGCGGCGGUGGGAUGGUGAUGAUGGACCGUUUACAAAACCAAGCUCAAUCAGUUCGUGGUUCACAAAUGGAUAUAGGUGUAGUACAGAAACGACAACAUACUCUAUCUCCUGGACCGUAUUCCGAUACAGAUCCAAUGAUGAAUGGUCAAUCUAACAUGCCACCUGGUCAUCAUUCUUAUCCACAUCCAAAUGGAUCGAUGGAACCAUCACCAAUGUCAAGAUAUAUUCGUUAUGAUUCACCUCAACGUGCUCCAUCCGUACUGGGUCAAUUACCACCUCCUAAUCAACCUCCGCCGCCACCACCACCCCCAGCUGUAGCAGCUAUGGCAUUCGCUGCCCAGAUGAAUAGCUCAGAUCAUAGUCGACACAAUUCAAUGACUUAUCAACAACAUCAUCAUUUUAAUCCAGAUUCCCUUUCGCGUCACAUUGGCGGUGGCAGUGGGGUCGGUGCUGCUACUGGUGGCAGUUCCGGAGUUUAUCACCCAUCUGGUUCUGGUACUACCGGUUUAUUAGUCGGUCCACCACCUCGUAUACGUGACUAUUCGGAAUAUGGUAUUCCACGGGGUAUUGGUCUUCCUCCGACACCAGCUGCUGCGGGGGGCGGUGGACAACCGCAACCACCACAGCACAAUGUCUUGAUGUCACCUGGUGGUGUCAAUAAUAAUAUCAAUAAUGCUAAUCAUGGAAGCGUGUAUUAUGACGGUCAUUAUCGCGAAGGUCAAGCAUAA